AUGCAGUCGGCCACUCAUCCUCGCCUCCAUGUUCGGGACAUGCGUGAUGCCCAUACAGUUCUAGAAGCUGUUCGACUCGGCAUAUUAAGACCAGUCACUCGCAGACUCAAUGAAAUGGAACGCUCCAUGCACAUCCGCUCUGGAGCGAUCUUUGUUUGGGAGGAGAGUGAUGAAGAAGUCGGCCUCAAACGAUGGACAGAUGGUCGGGUGUGGAGUCAGUCAAGAAUGCGAGAGCCCUAUCUCUUCUACGACGAGAAGUUACCAGGCGAACAAGACGUAGAGCCUCCCAAGUCGCCAACGUACCGUUUCGUUGACGGUGUUAACCGCGGCACACCGGUAUCAUCUGCCAUGUCGCAUCAUGAUCGUAGUCCUCGUCUCCCGGCUGGAUUGAUCAAGCAGGCCUAUUCAGCAUGGGUCAUCGUGUCCCCAGGCGCGCGACCAAGAAAAUGGCACUUGACCGCGUACUUCACAUACGCCGACCUGCAAAAUAUACCAACCCCCGACAGAGAUCCCAUGCUGAGAGGAAUCAAUGUACCACCAGGGAUAUAUCGUAGCGGAAAAAUCAGAUCAAAAAGCGGCGACGAAGAUAGCAUGCCCGAAUACAGCGCGUUACCGCCUACAACGCCGCCUGGGCCGAGUCGUGCUACCUCUUAUCCAAAUGACCGCGUGUUGCCAUCGUUGCAGUCAACGGUCGGAAAUCAUGGAGGUCCUCCUAUGAAUCCGCCGAGGCAUGGGAUGAGGUUGCCAGAGGACCAGCGGUUGAUAGAAAUGCUGAAUUCGCGGCUAGUGUUAUAA